AUAAUUUUAUCAUCAUUUUAGCAGCAGCAAGAAGCUUGAUGAUUUGAUCCCUGUCGAAAGCACAGCAAAACGACAGUGUCACCGCACCAGAAUAGGGUUUUAGAAUUUUCCAUCUAUGGCGAUCGAUUUAGCAAUCAACACCGAUAGAACUCAGAAAUUCAUAGAAGACCUCGAAGCCCAAAAGACAAUUCUAUCCUCAUGUACUCAACUAUUCACAACUCUCACCUCUCACUUCACUUCCUUACAGCAAUCUUUAACCGUAAAAUCCCAAUCCUUAGAUUCAAAGUUCCAAUCUCUGCAAUCAAAUUCCAAUCAGACCUUAGAAUCCCUUUCUCACAGAGAAACCUCCAUCCCAGAACGCGAAUCAGCCGCCGCUGCUAAAAUUGAAGAACAAAAGGUAAAAGCUUUAGCAGAAUUUGAAAAAUCCCAAAAAUAUGAUAACUUGUCUGAUUAUCUGAAAUCAAUUUCGAGGAAAAUGGAUGCUUCUGGAUUGUUAAAAUUUGUAAUUUCAAAAAGGAAAGAAUCUGUAUCAUUGCGGGCGGAGAUUUCGCCGGCGAUUAUGGAGGCUGUGGACCCCGCAAUGUUGAUUUUGGACGCGGUGGAUGAGUUUGUGAAUAGUAAGAUUGAGAAAGUUGGGGUUACUGAUAAGAGAUGGGCAUGUGGAAUGUUAGUGCAGGUUCUUUUUCCUGAAAUGAGUAGUGGCUGCUUUGGCGGGAAAUGUAAAGGUCCGAAAUUUUCAAGGUCAGCGGUGGAGAGGGCUGGAAAGAUUUUAGAGAGAUGGAAGGGGAUGGAGGAGAAAGUUAAUGGGGAAGAAGGUGGUGGUGGGAGUAGUGGAGUUGUGGGGCCAGCGGAGGCAGUUAUGUUCUUGCAAAUGGUGGUGGUUUUCGGGUUGAAGGCAAGAUUUGAUGAGGAGUACUUGAGGAAGCUUGUGAUGGAGAAUGCUACAAGAAGGGAUAUGGCUAAGCUUGCUGUGGCUGUUGGUUUUGGAGAGAAAAUGGAAGGGAUGAUUGAUGAAUUGGUGAAAAAUGGGAAGGAGGUAGAGGCUGUAUAUUUUGCCUCAGAGUCGGUUUUGACUGAAAAAUUCCCUCCUGUUUCUCUGCUCAAGUCUUACAUCAAGAACUCCAAGAAGAUUACAGCCACCAUCUUGAAGAAUGGAAAUUUUAGUGCAGCUGCAACGGAUGAGUCGAAUACAGUGGAGUUGAGUUCCAUCAAAGCCGUCAUCAAUUGUGUUGAAGAUCACAAGCUUGAAUCCGAGUUCUCCCUUGAUAGCUUAAGGAAGCGGGUGACUCGGCUGGAGAAGACUAAGGCAGAGAGGAAGAAGAGUUCAGCAGCAGCAGCUGCUGCUGCUAAGUCUCAAAACAAGAGGGGCCCUUCUGCAAGUGGUGGCCGAGACCCCAGGGCACCUACAUUUCGUCCAGGCAAAGCUGCUAAAUUUUCAAAUGCAUAUUCUCCUUUUGGCCGUAGGAACCCUGCUCCAGUGACACAGCAUAGUCCAGCUGCCAGAUAUUCUGGACCAUACAAUUACCCUAGCCAGAAUGUAUAUGAGGGCCACUCGACUGCUCCUUAUGCAUCAACUUAUGGCGCUUCUCAUGCUCAAAGCCCUGCGGCAAUUCCUCAACAGCAUUAUUCACUUCCAGUAGACAAUGCAGCUGCUGGUUUUCGUGCAAGUGGCUCUUAUGGGGGGCAGGCUAAUUAUGGUGCAUAUGAUUAUGGCUCUGGCGCUCCACCUACAUUUCAAUCUUCAUCAUACACACAAUAGCAACUGAUGACUAGGGAUCUUUUUUUUUUCUUUUUUCUUUUUUUUUUUUGUAAUAUGCAGCGUGUCCAAGUCCUUACUGAUUGAGAGCCUUUUACAUUUACUUUCCCUCGUUGACUGAAGAUCCUAGAAUUCUUUUUUUAAUUUUUUUUACUUCGCAUGGAAACCUAAGCUGGAUCUGAUGUAAUUUGUUUAAAAGUUCUAGAUAUUUUGUCUAUGUAAGAGUAUAAACAGUAGCUUUGUAUUUCCAUUUUUUUCUUGAAUAUUUGAAAGUUGAAACUAAUCAUUAGGCCACA